AUCACACCGCACAUCCCCCACCUUCCCCCCAACGCUGGAGCUUAGACUUUUCCAGAGCUCGACUGGGACCGGAAAGGCGUCUAGAUGAUGAAACGGGCGGCUGCCGCUGCAGUGGGAGGAGUGGUGGCCGUGGGGGCCGUGCCCGUGGUGCUGGGUGCCAUGGGCUUCACCGGGGCAGGAAUCGCCGCCUCGUCCCUAGCGGCCAAGAUGAUGUCCGCCGCGGCGGUCGCCAACGGGGGUGGAGUCGCUGCGGGCAGCCUGGUGGCUACGCUUCAGUCCGUGGGGGCAGCUGGACUCUCAACAUCAUCCAACAUCCUCUUGGCCUCCGUUGGGUCAGCCUUCGGAGCUUUGCUUGGAGGCUCCAAAAAGGAACCUUCUUCCUCUCCCCCAGCCGAACCCAGGGCUGACGGGGACGAGCCAGAAGAAACUGAAUCCCAAGAUGAGCCUCCAAAACCCUCACUCAGGUCAGAGAAGCAGGAGAAAUAAAACUCAUGUGCAGACGCUC